AUGGAUGCUAAAGGAUUGCAAGGAGAUGAUAAACUGAAGGUGCUCAUCAUUUUACUAGCAUAUUUGCUGAGUAAGGUAAUUUGCGAGACUGGAGACUGCAGAGAACAAGAAUUUAGGGACCAUACUGGAAACUGUAUCCUCUGCAAACAAUGUGGGCCUGGAAUGGAACUCUCAAAGGAAUGCGGCUUUGGAUAUGGGGAGGAUGCACAGUGCAUGACGUGCAGGCCAAACAGAUUCAAGGAAGACUGGGGCUUUCAGAAGUGCAAGCCUUGUCUGGAUUGUGCAUUGGUUAACCGCUUUCAGAAGGCCAACUGUUCUGCCACCAGCAAUGCACUAUGUGGGGACUGUUUACCAGGAUUUUAUAGGAAGACUAAGCUUGGAGGCUUUCAAGACAUGGAAUGUGUUCCUUGUGGUGAUCCUCCUCCUCCCUAUGAGCCUCACUGUACCACCAAGGUAAAUCUUGUGAAGAUCCCUUCAACUGCUUCCAGCCCUCGAGACACUGCUCUGGCAGCUGUCAUCUGCAGUGCACUUGCAACAGUGCUCUUGGCCCUUCUCAUCCUUUGUGUUAUCUAUUGCAAGAGGCAGUUCAUGGAGAAGAAACCAAGCUGGUCUCUGAGAUCACAAGACAUUCACUACAAUGGCUCUGAGUUAUCAUGCUUUGAUAGAUCACAGCUAAGUGAGUGUGACCGCAGAACGUGUUGCCAGUGCCAAAGAAGUACAUCACAGACAUGUGGACCAGUUCACUUGAUUCCCUCACUGUGCUGUGAUGAAACCUAUAGCAUGGAGCACAGCAGUCACAGUUGUGCUUUCCACUCACAGACCACGCUCAAUGAAAGAGCUUCUGAUUCUGUUGGAGAAAUGAUUCCUGCUUUCCUUGGUUCUCUUUCACAUUCUACCUGUGGAGACAUUCCAGAUGCUUGGCCUCUUAUGCAAAACUCAGCUUGUUGUGACAGCAUUUCUAUCUGUGAAUCAUAUUCAGAACUAGCUGGAGGAUCUGCAAAAUCCUGCAGCCCUGAGACUGAAAAUGCAGCUGCUGUUGAAUUGGAUAGUAACCAGGAACUAAGUGAAGUACUUAUUUCAGCUAUGUCUCUUGAUGGAAAUGUUGCAAAGUCCUUUGAAAUCUCUGAACGUAGAACGUGCACAGAAGCUUCAUCACUUCAGAACUCGGUGACUGCUGAAAGCCAGCCAAAGACAAAGUGUAAUGGAACAACAAAUGACUCUACGGACUGA